AUGGAUAUCGAGCUGCUUCUAUCAGACUGGGAGAGAACCCUGGAUCAAUCUCCAGACGCAGAAGAACAUGACGACUCGAGCGAUGAUGAACUGGAUGGCUGCAGCAUGCCAAGAGACCGAGAAGUCGCAACAGAGGAGGAAGAUGCGACCAGUGAAGAAGCUGCAAGUGCUGGACGUGCGUAUCUCGAGAAUCUCAAACAGAAUGGAGGCAUCACGUUGCUGCAGGAGGCCAAAGUUGUGCGUGCGUAUCAAACCAAGGGAAAAUUAGGUCUCUUUGCACUUUUGUUUUAG